AUGUUGCAGAUGAAUGCUGGCUCGGUUUCUGGUGGAGAUCUGCAUGUGUCUGUGUGGGAUCAGCCGAUCUGUUACUCCCCGCUACCGAACAGGCGCUUCCGUUUCGAGCGGCGAUUCUUCGGUUUUCGGGCAAUCAAAUGUGGGAGGGACCGUAUAAGAAGCAGAACGGUUUUUCUGGCGGAUGCGGAUCUUCAAAUGUGCUUUGUGGCCAUCGACCUGCCAGGUUUGGGUCAGUCUAAGGCGGCUCCGGCCCCGGCUCCAGUGGGUCAGCCGGCUCCAGGUGUGUUCCUCAGACAGGUGUGUGAGGCUCUGCAGACCGGCCCGGUGGUGAUCAUCAGCCCGUCUCUCAGCGGCAUGUACUUGCUGCCGUUCCUCUUCCAGCACUCUGAGCAGGUCAAGGCCUACAUCCCUGUAGCUCCCAUCUGCACAGAGAAGUUCACAGCCGAGCAGUACAGCAGCGCGCAGACUCCAGCUCUUAUAGUUUAUGGAGACCAGGACACUCAGCUCGGGGAAGUGUCGCUAAGCAAUCUGAAGAAUCUGCCUAAUCAUAAAGUGGUGGUAAUGAAGGGGGCGGGGCAUCCUUGUUAUCUUGAUGAUCCAGAGAUCUGGCAUAAGGCAGUCCUGGACUUCCUACAACAGUUGUGAUCACGUUAAAAACCCUAAUAGUGUAAAAGUGUACUAAUCUAAACAUACGAAGUACAUUUAAUUUCAUACUUAUCUGAUUAUGUCAAAAACACUAGCUUUUUUCUAUGCAACUCUGCAUUAAUUGGCUUUUUGUGCUAUUAUUUGCAAUGCUUUUCCUUUUCAAGACUCCAAGGUUACAUGAAAUGCUGUUUGCAACCCAAUUUAUCUACUUCUGAGUUAAAGAGGAUAGUCAAUGAGAAAACAACAGGAUGGGUGUUUU